AUGGUUUCAAACGGCGGAGGUGUUUGUGCCUACAUAAAUAGCACUAUCUAUUGUAGACGAAUUGAGGAAUUUGAAAACUCUUCGAUUGAAUUACUGUGGUUAUCAGUGAGACCAAAGAAGCUACCCCGCUCUGUCUCGGUUAUCUUACUGGCUGUUGUUUACCACUCCACAGCAUCCCGCCAAACUAAAAAUGUAGAAUUGUAUUCACACAUUCAAACCAAUGUGGACUCAUUUUUAUAUUCUCACCCUGAAGUCCCAAUUACGGGCGACUUCAAUUUUAGAAGCACGGGUCUCGAUCCAUACCAUCUUAAAAGAAUUGCUGGUCUGACGCAGAUAGUCAAGGUAGCUACCAGAGCUGAUGUAACUUUAGACUGGUGUUUAACCAACUCAAAGGUGGAAAAUAUUUAUGAAUCAAUCCAACUCCCUCCCAUUGGAACAAGUGAUCAUCAUACGAUUCUUAUGAAAGCCCAACCUUCUCCCUCAAAGCCAGACAAUUCACAUAUAUGGAAACGCGAUCUCAGAGAUAGCAGGAUAUGGCCUUUUGGACGAUAUAUCACUACAUUUGACUGGUCUCCCAUCUUGGACGUACAUGACUGUGAUACAAAAUAUGAAAAGUUUAACGAUACAAUGACUAUGAUGAUUGAAAAAUUCUUUUCCCUGGAACGCAUUAAAGUACGAAAGUGUGAUAAGCCUUGGAUGACGUCAUCAAUAAAGUCUGCUAUUGGGAGACGCCAAAAAGCCUUACACGAAAGCGGGAAAAAUUCAGAUAUUUAUAAAUAUUGGCGUAACAGAGUCCAAUCAUGCAUUAAAGUUGCGCGAAAGAUCUACUAUAUGAGGUCAAUUGAGAAAUUGAAAAAUUCUAACCCGGCAAGAUGGUGGAAAGAAGUGAAAGCCAUUGGUUGUCUCUCGUCAAAAAAAAAAAUUCUUGGUAUUCUCAGCUAUUUUCUGAUGAUGUUUGGAAUUGUGAAGAACUGGCCGAAAAUUUUAAUAACUUUCUUACUGCCCUUACAUCACAUUUUGACCCUCACUCUCGACGAAAUCCAGGAGGGCCUAGAAGUACCAAACCAUUACCUCGUUGACGCCCAGCAGAUCUAUAGGAAACUUAGUAAAAUUAAAACCACAAAAUCACCGGGUCCUGACAUGUUUCCAAAUAAAAUCCAGAAAACAUUUGCCUUUGAGCUUGCCCCAGUUAUCUCGGACAUUUUCAACUCAUCCAUGACACAAAUAACCUUCCCAAAGGCAUUGAAGAGAUCUAUUGUAGUGCCUGUCCCCAAGGUAUCACCCCAAAGAGUAUUGAAGACGACCUACGACCAAUAUCUUUAUCAUCUCAGAUCGCCAAAGUUAUGGAGGAUUGUACUUUGGACAAAUUUUUUCCUGAAGUUGUAA